AGUUCGCAGCUUGUGGAAGAUUACAUGCGAGACCCCGCGCGACUCCGCAUCCCUUUGCCGGGACAGCCUUUGCGACAGCCCGUGAGACAUCACGUCCCCGAGCCCCACGCCUGAGGGCGACAUGAACGCGCUGGCCUUGAGAGCAAUCCGGACCCACGACCGCUUUUGGCAAACCGAACCGGACCUCCAGCCCCCGGGGUGACGCGCAGCCCGCCGGCCAGACACAUGGCCCCAAGCCCAAGACCCCAGCAUGUCCUGCACUGGAAGGAAGCCCACUCUUUCUACCUCCUGUCUCCACUGAUGGGCUUCCUCAGCCGGGCCUGGAGCCGCCUGAGGGGGCCCGAGGUCUCAGAGGCCUGGUUGGCAGAAACAGUAGCAGGAGCAAACCAGAUAGAGGCUGAUGCUCUGUUGACGCCUCCCCCGGUCUCUGAAAAUCACCUACCUCUCCGAGAGACUGAAGGAAAUGGAACUCCUGAAUGGAGUAAAGCAGCCCAGAGGCUCUGCCUUGAUGUGGAAGCCCAAAGUUCCCCUCCUAAAACUUGGGGACUUUCAGAUAUUGAUGAACAUAAUGGGAAGCCAGGACAAGAUGGCCUUAGAGAGCAAGAAGUGGAGCACACAGCUGGCCUGCCUACACUACAGCCCCUUCACCUGCAAGGGGCAGAUAAGAAAGUUGGGGAGGUGGUGGCUAGAGAAGAGGGUGUGUCCGAGCUGGCUUAUCCCACAUCACACUGGGAGGGUGGUCCAGCUGAGGAUGAAGAGGAUACAGAAACCGUGAAGAAGGCUCACCAGGCCUCUGCUGCUUCCAUAGCUCCAGGAUAUAAACCCAGCACUUCUGUGUAUUGCCCAGGGGAGGCAGAACAUCGAGCCACGGAGGAAAAAGGAACAGACAAUAAGGCUGAACCCUCAGGCUCCCACUCCAGAGUCUGGGAGUACCACACUAGAGAGAGGCCUAAGCAGGAGGGAGAAACUAAGCCAGAGCAACACAGGGCAGGGCAGAGUCACCCUUGUCAGAAUGCAGAGGCUGAGGAAGGAGGACCUGAGACUUCUGUCUGUUCUGGCAGUGCCUUCCUGAAGGCCUGGGUGUAUCGCCCAGGAGAGGACACAGAGGAGGAAGAAGACAGUGAUUUGGAUUCAGCUGAGGAAGACACAGCUCAUACCUGUACCACCCCCCAUACAAGUGCCUUCCUGAAGGCCUGGGUCUAUCGCCCAGGAGAGGACACAGAAGAGGAAGAUGACGGUGAUUGGGAUUCAGCUGAGGAAGACACAGCUCAGAGCUGUACCACCCCCCAUACAAGUGCCUUCCUGAAGGCCUGGGUCUAUCGCCCAGGAGAGGACACAGAAGAGGAAGACGACAGUGAGAAUGUGGCCCCAGUUGACUCAGAAACAGUUGACUCUUGCCAGAGUACCCAGCAUUGUCUACCAGUAGAGAAGACCAAGGGAUGUGGAGAAGCAGAGCCCCCUCCCUUCCAGGUGGCCUUCUAUUUACCUGGACAGAAGCCAGCACCACCUUGGGCUGCCCCUAAGCUGCCCCUUCGACUGCAGAAGCGGCUCAGAUCUUUCAAAGCCCCCGCCCGGAAUCAGGACCCUGAGAUUCCUCUGAAGGGUAGAAAGGUGCACUUCUCUGAGAAAGUUACAGUCCAUUUCCUUGCUGUCUGGGCAGGACCAGCCCAGGCUGCUCGUCGAGGCCCCUGGGAGCAGUUUGCACGAGAUCGAAGCCGCUUUGCUCGACGCAUUGCCCAGGCAGAGGAGCAGCUGGGUCCUUACCUUACCCCUGCUUUCAGGGCCAGAGCAUGGACACGCCUUAGAAACCUACCCCUUCCUCUGUCGUCCUCGUCUCUUCCACUGCCUGAGCCUUGCUCUUCCACUGAGGCCACACCCCUCAGCCAAGAUGUGACCACUCCCUCUCCCCUUCCCAGUGAAAUCCCUCCUCCCAGCCUGGACUUGGGAGGAAGGCGGGGCUAAGCCUGAGUAGUUUUUUGUUAUUUAUUUAUUUUAAUACGAAAUAAAGCCUUUUGAUUUGUAGUGAUAA